GGAGGCUGUUGAAACUCGAAGGGACGCGAUAAGGGGAAUCCCCUAAAGAACUCAUGGGAGUAUUAUAACAUAACCGUUCGUAACUCCAAAAGCGUUGAAGAAAUUAAAGAAACUGUAAGAACUUGAGCCUGUGAGAAUUGGUGUAACGCGGUAGAGUCGGACAGCGUGACGGUAGAAAGUCAAACAAAAUAGCCAAGUUUCUAACAGUUAAUUGUCAAUAUGGCGGACAGCGAUUUACUCAUCACGAUUUCGGGCGCUGCUAUGUCCUUACUGUUUUACGAAAAUGUUCGUAACACCGGAGACCAGAUGGGCUUUUUACUAGGAGAGAAUCUAGAGUUCGUAUUUAAAACAUACAGUGACUCUGAUAAUCAGAUCGAAACUGUGAAGAAACACAACAAUAUCGAAACUGUAAUUAGUUGCCCAUUGCCAGAUCUAUUACAUGAUUCAAUUGGUAGAAUUGAUAAAGAGAAAUUGAAGGAUUUUAUGCGUGAGAAUAGCAAACAAGUUAUAGGUUGGUUUCGCUUCAGGCAAAAUACAGAUUUGGUCCCCACUCUGAGGGAUAAUAUAUUACACAAAGAGUUUGCAUCGUAUUUUUCUGGAGGCAAUGGUAUCAACAAAGAGUUCUUUGUUAUGUGUAUGUUAAGCUCGUCAACAACCAAUGCAAGAGGCACACAUAAAUUUAAACAUGUCUUUUUAAGACACAGAAAGGGGGCAUUUGAACCAGUUCCUUUAAGGAUAUAUAACUUGGGAAGUCGUCUAUUUACACACGAUGGUUCAGAUUAUAAACCUACUCCUACCAAAAAAUCGUCAGAUAGGCCAGAUAUAUUUACCAAAGUAAUAGAAUCUUUAGAUUUAAACCUCGCAAAGACGUCUGGACUCGACUCUGUUAUUACUAUACAAAAAACUGCGGAGGAAUAUUUAAGGGACCUAAUACCGGAAUUAUGCGAAUCUGAUCUCGAAGUGGCAAAGCUAGAAAGGCAAAUCAAGGAAUUCAAACUUAAGAGACAAGCUAAAGUCAAUGGUAGUCCAAAUAAUUUGCAUAAAAAUUACGAAGAACCUAACAAAAAUUCUGUUAGCGACGAGAGGCGAAUGGCAGAAAAAAUGUCUCCUCCAAGAAUUGAAUCUCCAGAUAAUGCGCGUGACGAUCGAACUUGUUCCGCUACAACUAGUCAAACUUCUAUUCUCAAAUCAAGAAAUACAGCAACGUUUACUGAAAAUUCAAUCGCUCGAGUGAAAGUCGACGAUACGGACAUCAUGGCAGUAAAGAACAAACGCUUUCCGAUUCAGGACUCGGAAAUAGUAAAGGAAUCGAUUUGUAAAGGCGAAGCAACCGCGUAUGGCGUUGGCAGAGGUAGAGGAAAACUAAUGUACGAAACUCAACCAAAACUAAAGAAACCUGGGAAAACUUCCAUAUCGAAUAAUCCGACACGAAGUAAUAGUGAGAGGACUUUGCAUACUCAAGUGCCGCAACAAGAAUCGCCCGAAGCGAAUUGUGUACAAAAUACAUCCUCGGAAAGGUGUUACAGUCAAAUUGUAAAAAAAAAGAUGGACAAUACGCGCAAAUCGGAUACGACAAAUAAUCAUUAAAUAAGAAUGCGUUCACUUAUUUUUAAUUUUCACUGGAAAGCUUUAUAAGAAUAUACUUAAUUUAUAGCUUAUAGCUAUAAAUUAUUUAUAGCUUUAUAAGAAUAACUAUAGAACAUUUUCUGCAAAAGAGAAAGGAUCGGCAGGAGUUUUAGAGCGCUUACGCGUGUACGCAUUGUAAAUAUUUCUAAUAUGUAAGGAAAAGUUUGUUUUUAGAACAUUUGAAUCCUAUCGAAAUGAUGAAAUGAAGACGCUGUUGUAACGGGUUCAUGGUAUCGAAGCUAUGCAUCGUAAAGUGGAGAGGCAUCAUAGACUGAACUACUGAAUAGGUUUUAACGCGUUCUUAUGGAUGUUCUACGUAUAAAAAUACUUUUAACAAAUACUUACAUUGAAACUUUUUUUUACUAUUCUAAUAAUAUUUUGAUCACGUCCCUAAAUAUUUACAAUGCUCUGUAGUCUAGAUUCAUUGGCAAGGGAAGAGAACUCGAAAAUUUAGAUCUUGCAACAUCAUGCGCAAAUAUUUCACCUCGUAACCUAAAACUAUUUUUUGUUGAUAAUCGAAAGUUGUAGCAUGUAUAAUAUUCGUGUAACUGCAUACAAAUAAUGAACGAGAAUUUAUGCUUUUUUAGUUAGUGUUACGCCAAUCUUCAUAGUUGAAUAAGAAGAGAAUAUAUAAAUUGAUUAUAUCUAUGAAAAGAAAUUACGAAAAGGUAUUUUUAUAUAAUUUUACAAAAUAUAAAAUUUCAACUGUAAGGGUUGGCAAUGAAGGUGAUUCGAAAAAGCAUAGAUUUAUUUACCUGACACCAACAAAAAAUAAUUUUACAUUACGAAUGAAUCACCUUUCUUUGUGCAAAAUUUUCUGAAUUUCUAAAUUCUCCGUUUCUCAUUACGAAUUCCCAUGAAACUUUGACAUUAUCGUACAGUAUAUGUUCUUUUCCAUACAUUUUUAAAUUGUGCCAUUUCAUUUCUAAGUAGUAUUUCAACUAAAAAAAAUAAAUACAAA